GGAGUUAGAUCUAUCCAAUAAUCAGAUCUCGAAUGUUGCAAAUGGAUCCUUCGUUAAUCUGCAAGAAUUAAAGGCGUUAGAUCUAUCCAAUAACCAGAUCUCGAAUAUUGGACAAGGAUUCAUCAAAAAUCUUCCAGAUUUAGAAGAGCUUGAUCUAUCCAAUAAUAUAUCGACGAUUGAACCCGGAUUCCUUGAACAUUUGCCCAAGUUACAAAAGCUAAAUCUAUCCGGAAAUCUGAUCUCGAAUAUUGGACAAAGAUUCUUCAUAAAUCUUACGAAACUUGAAAAUCUAAAUUUGAGCAGAAACCAAAUACAAAAGGUUGAGGAUGACGCUUUCUUAUUCCUUCCCAGCGUAAAGGAGAUUGACCUUAAAGGUAAUAAUGACAUGAUGUGUGGAUGUCACCUGCCGGCCAUGGUACAUUAUAUGAACAGUACAUACGAAAGAACCGUGAAAGUCCUGGGCAAGUGUCAUACAGAUUCGGCAAAUAAACAAGACGAAGUAAUACCCAUAAUGCAAUAUUCCAAAUGUAAAAAUUACUCGUUAUUUCAAAAGAAUUUGCAAUGUCAGACAUGUUCAGAGAUGAUGUGCAAGGAUUCACAAGUGACAAACUGUACAGGAGAAUCGCCUGUAUGCCAAUAUAAACUAUCAAUGAAUAGCGUCACACUGAAGUUUGAAAGAUCUUGCAGCACAUACAGAAACUGCCUUGAAGCUAUGAGAAACAAUACUUCUACAUGCAAUGAAUGGGCCAAUGGCACUUCGUGUGUAGCUUGCUGCAGCGGAAACCUAUGUAACAAGAAUGAUUUCAUGGGUUGGACCAAUUCCUUUGAAUUUCAUCUGAUUUAUACCAUGGACCCAGCCAAAAAGUUCAAUGAAAAGAAAACCUUUGCUGAAAAUGUAUCUAGAGUUGUGAGUAGACACACGUUUUCUUUUGUUGUCUCUCUUUGUCUCUCUCUCUCUCUCACUCUAACUAUCUCUCUCACACACAUACAAACACGCACACAUGAAUUAUCACGCUUGAAACGAGGAGAAUUUAAAGUUGAAUAUUGUAGUUCCAAGAAUAGUCUAGUGAUAUUUACUAUUUACUAUAUAACUAACAUUAAAAGUACUAAAGAUCAAGUUUUGCAGGAAAUCGACCCAAUUUUGGACAAAUCCCAAGCAUUGCGUAAUAUGGGAAUUCAGAAAAGUAAGGUUUUCGGUGAAAAGAUUUGUAAUGAAGACACAUCAACCAACAAUGGCACUUUGCAUUGGCCAAUGACAGAAAUACGAAAAACUGCGACAAUUACAUGUCACACAAAUGAAGCAACAAGACACUGGUUCGUUUCUAUUGUUUUCUCUCUUCACAAAUUUUGA